UUCAAUCCAUAUAGAACUGAAUUUGAAAAAGUUCAUCUUCUUCCGCAGUUGAAAAUGCCCAGCAUAGAGCUGAAGCUCUCCCGAUUCAAUCGUAUAUAUCAACCAUCUGAUUUUCUGGAGGGCAAAAUCUUAAUAAGGUCAUCUUCCUCCAUUUCUCACUAUGGGAUUGUCCUCACCCUCAAUGGAUCGGUCAACUUGCAGGUUCGUGGAGGAUCAGCUGGUGUCAUCGAGUCUUUCUAUGGUGUUGUGAAGCCUAUUCCAAUUGUGAAGAAGAACAUUGAGAUCAGAACUUCUGGGAAGAUUGGUCCAGGCACAACAGAGAUACCAUUUUCCAUAAAUCUGAGGCAGCGUGGAGAAGAAAAUUUAGAGAGGUUCUAUGAGACCUUCCAUGGAAGGAAUAUUAGCAUCCAGUAUUUGAUAACUGUAGACGUAAUGCGGGGAUACCUACAUAAAUCGUUAUCUGCAACGCUGGAAUUCAUUGUUGAAACUGAUAAAGCUGAUAUUCUUCAGAGACCGAUUUCUCCUGAGAUGGUUGUCUUUUACAUUACUCAGGAUACUCAGAAACAUCCGUUACUCCCUGAACUAAAAACAGGUGGCUUUAAGGUGACAGGAAAAGUGUCAACUCAAUGUUCUUUAGUGGAUCCUAUCAAUGGAGAGCUAACCGUAGAAGCAUCUUCAGUUCCUAUUCAAUCUAUUGACUUGCACUUGCUCCAAGUAGAGUCAAUUCUUCUAGGGGAAAAAAUUGUAACUGAAACAUCCUUGAUACAGACAACACAGAUAGCAGAUGGAGAUGUUUGUCGUAAAAUGACUCUGCCUAUCUAUGUGAUACUCCCCCGUCUUCUGACUUGUCCAACUGUUUUUGCUGGUCCAUUUUCGAUCGAGUUCAAAAUUUGCAUAGUUAUCACCUUUCAGUCUGAGCUCGCCAAAUUACAUACAAAGUCUGAUCCUACAACUCCAAGACUCUGGCUGGCCAUGGAGACUCUACCGCUUGAACUUGUCCGAGCAAAGUGAGACGAUGUGUGCUAAGCAAGGUCAAAGCUAUCUAUUCAUAAAACUUAUUAAAACUACCAUCCUAAACAGGCAUAAGGGCACGAUGCAAAUCCAUUUCUGUUGUGCAUUGUUCUGGAAAUUCGAGUCCAGAAUUGCAGUUUGUGUGUAAG